AUGCCGUGCCCCAGCGGGCUCACGGGCGGCGACCUGGUGGCCGCGCUGCUGGAGUGCGGGCUCGAGGAGGACGACGCGCUCGCUGGCUGGUCGCCCUUCCUGAGCCCCUCCGAGCUGGAGUCCGUCGUGGGCACGGCGCCCUGCCAGCGGGAGGCCCUGCGGCACGUGCGAGCGGCGGCCCGCGAGAUGCACGGGCGGGCGCUGCCCUACCUGCUGAAGCGGGUGGGCGACCUCGGCUUCGCCAAGAAGGACUUGGACCUGCACUCGGCGUUUCUAUGGAUCCGCGACGCCGCUGACGUCGUCUGCCACGUCGACCUCAGCAAGAUUGCAGAGGCCCUCGCCAGCGACACGCACUACAGGAGAACCAGCUCGAGACCAACACCUCCUCGGGCAUGCUGA